ACGAUUGUAAUCCUGACCCCUGUGAGAAUAGAGGAACUUGUACUGAUAGAGUGAACGACUAUACUUGUGCCUGCGAAAUGGGCUAUGCUGGAAAAGAUUGCGAAACAAAUAUCGACGAUUGUAAUCCUGACCCCUGUGAGAAUAGAGGAACUUGUACUGAUAGAGUGAACGACUAUACUUGUGCCUGCGAAAUGGGCUAUGCUGGAAAAGAUUGCGAAACAAAUAUCGACGAUUGUAAUCCUGACCCCUGUGAGAAUGGAGGAACUUGUACUGAUAGAGUGAACGACUAUACUUGUGCCUGCGAAAUGGGCUAUGCUGGAAAAGAUUGUGAAACAAGAGCACUCUAA